AUGAGCCUGAGUAGAAGUCGUGAGAAGUCGUUAGUCACAAACAGUGAUAGCAGUCACGGCCCAGUGAAUGUCGCAGAACCCGGUAUAUCCAUCGCACCUACGCUAACGCAGGAGAUAAUAAGCACGAUGCAAGCAAUACCUAAUAUACAAACAACAUUGGGGGAAUUAUCGGAAUCUCUCAGAGUGAUCAAAGAACUAACUCAAGAUAUAAAGAACAUUAAGAAUGACCUGUGGGAGGAAGAUGGUUUCGACUUCUGCAUCUCUCAUAUUGCUGAACAACAAGAAGUGGACUCAGGAAACAUUCAGGUGCUGAAGCAAGAGAACAAAAUGUUGAAAGAAGAUAUAGAUAUGUUAAAAUCUGUAGUUAUUAACUUAGACAGAACCGUCAGAAAACAGCAAAGCGAGAUCACAGAUUUAAAGUCAAGAUCAAUGAAGCAGAACUUACUCAUUCACAAUUUACCCGAAGAAGAGAAUGAAAAUCUUUUCAAGAAAAUCCCACAAUUGAUUAAAGAAUACCUGGGAGUCGAAACGACUUUUGCAAACAUACACCGAAACGGGCCUAAAAAUCCGGGUAGACCAAGAACUAUUACGGGUCGACUAGAGAAAUUUACUGAUAAGGAGAAAGUCCUCCAAGCACAGAAAGACAAAAGAACUAGCAAAGGGUCUGGCUCUACAGAACAAUCAAAUACACCUUUCUACAUUACCCACAAAGACCAGUAG